ACCGCCUGCGGCGGCAGACGCGGGCGGCGCCGUGCCGCGCGGCGGGCGCGGGCGUCGGGCAGACGUGCCGCCGCCCCGACGGCCGGGCGGGCGGCCGCUGCCCGCGCCCCCUUGUGGCAGGGCCCCGGGGGCAGGGCCCAGCAGCCGCUCUGCGAGGCAUCGCCUAGCUGGAUGGGUAUCUUCCCCGCGGUCGCCGCGCUGACGCUGCACACAUGCACGGCAACCCUCCAGAGCGUCGAAGACAUGCUGUACGACACGCCACCAGCUCGCCCGUCCUGGACUUUGAAUCAGGACAUGGCCGUGUGCAAGGACAGGUCCGUGUCUGAGGAGCCCUACGAGCCGCUGUGCCCGCCGGGCUUCUACCUGUGCUGCGCCACGUGCUCCCGGUCGUCGUGCUACUCGACCGAGGACGCAGUGCUAUCUUGGCGCGGGCUCCCCGAGUGCUUGCUUUGUGAGGCUGGAGACUUCUGCAGCGGCUGCGACAUGUUCAAGGUGUGCCCCCCGAACGAGCAGCCUGGCCGCGAGGGCCCCAGGAUCUCGCAGAGAGGCACCUCCCAGAUCGUGGAAUGCGAGACGUGCCCGCUCGGCCAGGAGGCCAGCUUCUCCCGGGACGCGUGUGCCCCGAAGUACACGGACGUCUGCAACGAGAAGGCGGUCCAGCGGUGCAUCCGAGGGUGUAGGUCGGACAUUCCCGCUAACGGGAAGAAGCUCACCGAGUGCGAAUACAUGAAGUGCUCCAUGUAUUGCACGAAGGCCUGGUCCGACGAGUGCGCCGCCAGAUACUCGGAGCACUGCACGUUCCUGGUGAACGAGAAGUUCGCUACUGGGCUGGGCGUCGAGUCUGACGUCCCCCGGCUGUACGGCUGCGACGUGGACUGCAGCGGCACGCGCUCGUUGCGGUUGGCGCCCGCCGCCAGCGCGGCCCUCGCCCUCGCCGUCCUGGUGGGCCGGUGAGGCCGCCUCUCGCGCCGUCGGGUCCCCGCCUUUCGGUGGAAGCGGGAGAAUGGGGGGCUACCUCGUCCACGGCGUCCGGGGGGAGGCCUUCUUCAUCAAUUGUGUGCGCUGUUGUUCUAGCAUAUGAUGUUUCACCACGCGCCUGCUCGUUGCAGCAGGCCUUAUCGUUACUCUUUGGGCUGCGCUUCCUCCAGCGUCCCUGCCGCUUAGAUGGUCCCGACCCGUGCAUGCAGAGAGCGAUGCCGCUUCUCGUGGAUGCUGGUCACACUCUGGUCCUCUGACUUCUCACUGCCAGACUCGGGAGGCGUCUGGAGGUUUCCCGAUCACCAUUUGUAUGUUGCGAAAGUUUAGGACUUAGCCCCUAUCCUGCUUCCUGCCUGCGCCGAAUUCAUUCGCAUCAAUAGUUCCAUUGCGCUGCACGCGUACGUACCAAGAUGUUUCUUCUUGGUCGCAUGGAUUCGUUGUGGUAUUCCAAUGCACUGAGGAUGGAACGCUGUGCGAAAUAAAGUAUCUGUAGCAGGGCAGCAGCAUGGGCGAACACGGUGGUCCGUCCGAAUCAGGAUUGGACGACGCAUGCAUGUUUUACCAUAAGUUUCUCAUGUCUUGCUGCUGUACUUCAGUGAUUCAGAUUGGCCCCCUUCCACCACGAGGAUGAAGAUAGAGGUUCCAGGAGGACCCUGUGUCCGCCCUGGCGUGGGCGCGAUUGAGGUCGACUGCUGGGCUCAUCUGAGCAGAUCGAGGGCAGUAGCACACAAGUCCUAUGUGGCGCUCCUCUAGAAGCGCAACAAAAACGGCGCAGGCGUAAACUUUCGGAGGUCAGCGCAUGCUUGCGUCGGCGCUGGGCUCCGCGCUCUGGGGGCGAUGCCGGAGGCGCCGCCAGGAGUGUGGAGAGGGAGGCGGCCCAGCGCCGAUCCAAGAAUUCUUCGCGGG